UAAAGUUGUUGAGGUUGAGAAACACUCUUCUAGCUGAAGUGCCCAGGUUCUCCUUCACCACAUGUAGAACAAAUGUAGGAUCCUUCGACUCUCUCCACUGCAUACAUAGCACACGAUGGCCCAUGGAUCCUUUUGCUGAAUGUUUUUCCUACCAUUUUCCCUAACUUUUGUUUAAAUUGAUGCCUUAAGCAGAGAUUUCUUGGCAUUUUAUAGUGUAACUGUCUUCCCCCAUGGUAUACCGCAAAAAUGGAUGAUGAUCGAUUCUAUCAAAUCACGCUGUUGCUGACAUUGCUACUGCUGCCAUCACAAUGAUUCUUCUCCCGUUGUCUUUGCGCUAAAAGGUGCUCACAUGAACGCUUCCAUAACUUUCGCCAACUGCGUGGUAGGAAAACUUCUCUGGCGGAAACUUCCGGCGUAUGUGAUUGGUCAGUUCGUGGGAUCGUUUGCAGCGUCGGCUGUGAUUUUUCUUUUGUAUUAUGAAGCACUACAGAAUUACACGGGAGGAAACCUGACUGUGACUGGGCCCACAGCCACUGCAGGGAUAUUUGCCACCUACCCUGCCCCUUACAUGUCUCUGUGGAGUGGAUUUCUACAGGAGUUUAUUGCAACCAGCUUGCUUAUGAUCGGUGUCCUUGCCAUCAGUGACAUGAAGAAUGCAGGUGCCCUGCCGGGCACCAAUGCCUUCAUCACUGGGCUGUUGGUUGUGGUAAUUGGCAUGUCUAUGGGGAUGAACACCGGCUACGCCAUCAACCCUUCCAGAGAUCUGCCCCCCAGGAUUUUCACUGCUCUUGCUGGAUGGGGGUUAGAGGUGUUCCGAGCAGCCAACUGUUGGUGGUGGGUCCCAGUGGUGGCCCCAACGCUGGGGAGCCUUCUUGGGAUCUUCAUCUACAACAUCCUGAUCGACUUCCACAAUCGCCCCCCACCAGAUCCAGAAUCUUGGAAGCAAGACCCAGAGGCCGAGAUCACGUCUCCCAUGUGACCAGGCAGCGCUGUUUUCAAAGUAUCAUGUUUUUGGGCUAUCUGAACACGCUUUCCUUCUAUCCGUCAAGGAAGAGAAUAGAGUCUUUGGGGAAGACAGGAGGAGAAACCUGGAGUUUAUUGGCUCAUAUGGGCGCUGCUCUAGGGAACUGCCACCUUGUUCAACGUGGAGUCAUCUGUCCACCUAAGAGACGUGCAGAUUAGCUUUGAUCAGGGACAGAAUCUGGAUGCCAGAGAAAGGGACUUGGAAAAAUAAAUCCACAUGCUAGGAUCAGUGGUGGAGUCAGGAGUGGGCGUCCAUGUUCCAAGGAGCACUGAUCCCUGUCCUUUUCUGGUCAGAAACCAGCUGAGAAUGGGUAACUUGGAUUCCUUAAGAAGAAUCCUAAAAGCAUCACCUUUUCUUUGGAGCCCAGGGUUGUUUCUGGGCCAAAAGGGUGAGAAAAACAGCAAAGGCCAACAAUGCUACUACUCCUCGCCCCCGAGGCAAGGAGAUUGCUUCUCUCUUCUCCUGGGACCAUCUUCCCCAGCAUGUUGCACUUCCCAUCCAGUAUGGUUGGACCACCUGGCGAGGGAUUCUGAGAGUUGUAGCCCAACAGCUUUGGAGGGCUCCAGGUUGGGGAAUGCUGCCUUAUGAGUUCAUCAGAAAUGCACUGUCUUUAAGAAAGGAAGGAAAGGUCUCUUGCAAUCUUAAUCUGGUUGGGGAGAGGGACAUGCCACAUUAAGAGGUAGAGAAGAUCCAAGUGGCAAAACUGAAAACAUCUGCAUUACAAACCUCUGUUUUGAUUAGGAUUUUGGAGAAAACACCGCUUAGAGGCCUGCCACAGAAUAUGACCUCAACCUCAGCCCUUCCUGGUCCAGCCUGGUGGGGAACAAUGAUGUCCUGCACCACAAAACUAAGAUGGUUUGGGGGAAGAGUGUCAUAAAAUCUAGAAAAUGCGGGUGGGGGGGAAUGGGGAAUAGAAGAGCAAAUGUGGUCCUUAGAUUGCCCAUCCAGAUUUGCAAGUUAGCCUUACUUGGAUUUUGAACAAAUCUGUGCAAAACGGGGAGGACAGCAAGUGCAUUGAAACAGCCCGUUUUUUCCCCCUUUGUCUUUUGGAAGAGUCAACCCCAUGCGCAGGUGUGGCCCAAAGGAAAUUCAGCCAGGACUCUGAGGCUUCUGCAAUAAAUAUUCUGCAA